GGCAACUUGAAAACUUCUGAUUUCCGAACUUAAUGAGCGAAUGAAAAUCGCUUUCGUUGAAUGAGGUAGAAAUUUCAAACCUGUGACUCCGAUUCUGUGUCAUCAACUGGGAUUGGUCUGCUUUCUUAGAUUAAGUUAACUGCAAUUUCUUUUAUUUAUUUUUUUCGGCAUAUCUCUCUUCCUUUUCAAGAUUUCUGGGGUGUGUUCAUUGACUGGAAACUGCGAAUAUCAUCCAUAGGCUUUAUUGAAAUCUCCUAUAGAAACCUAUAUUAAAUUCAAAAUGAGAGAAAUCGUUCAUAUUCAAGCUGGACAGUGUGGUAAUCAAAUUGGAGCCAAAUUUUGGGAAGUCAUAUCAGAUGAACAUGGAAUUGAUCCUACUGGAACUUAUCAUGGAGAUUCCGAUCUUCAACUUGAGAGAAUUGAUGUCUAUUAUAAUGAAGCUUCAGGAGGAAAAUAUGUUCCCAGAGCCUUGCUCGUAGAUUUAGAGCCUGGCACGAUGGAUUCUGUUAGAUCUGGUCCUUUUGGUCAACUCUUUAGGCCAGAUAACUUUAUUUUUGGACAAAGUGGCGCCGGCAACAAUUGGGCUAAAGGACAUUAUACAGAAGGUGCAGAAUUGGUUGAUAGUGUGAUGGAUGUUGUAAGAAAAGAAUCUGAAGGAUGUGAUUGCUUGCAAGGAUUCCAACUUACUCAUUCUCUUGGUGGAGGUACUGGUUCCGGCAUGGGAACGCUACUGAUAUCAAAGAUCAGAGAAGAAUAUCCUGAUAGAAUUAUGACUACUUUUUCUGUUGUUCCUUCUCCAAAAGUGUCAGACACUGUUGUUGAGCCUUAUAAUGCUACUUUAUCUGUACAUCAACUCGUAGAAAAUACCGAUGAAACCUUUUGUAUUGACAAUGAAGCACUCUAUGAUAUUUGCUUCAGAACUCUAAAACUUACUUCACCUUCUUAUGGAGAUUUAAACCAUUUAGUUUCAGCAACUAUGUCUGGAGUGACUACUUGCUUGAGAUUCCCUGGACAACUGAAUGCUGAUUUACGAAAAUUAGCUGUCAAUAUGGUGCCAUUCCCGCGUCUACACUUUUUUAUGCCUGGAUUUGCUCCUCUUACAUCAAGAGGUAGUCAACAAUAUAGAGCUCUGUCAGUUCCGGAACUUACUCAACAAAUGUUUGAUGCUAAAAAUAUGAUGGCUGCCUGUGAUCCCAGACAUGGAAGAUAUCUUACUGUUGCUGCCAUGUUUAGAGGAAGAAUGAGCAUGAAAGAAGUAGAUGAGCAAAUGUUGAAUGUGCAAAAUAAAAACAGCAGUUACUUCGUUGAAUGGAUUCCGAAUAAUGUUAAAAUUGCUGUUUGUGAUAUUCCUCCCCGAGGCUUGAAGAUGUCUGCUACAUUUGUCGGAAAUUCAACUGCCAUUCAAGAAAUAUUUAAAAGAAUAUCUGAACAAUUUACAGCCAUGUUCCGUAGAAAAGCUUUCUUGCAUUGGUAUACUGGAGAAGGUAUGGAUGAAAUGGAAUUUACUGAAGCAGAGUCAAAUAUGAAUGAUUUGGUUUCAGAAUACCAACAGUAUCAAGAAGCCACAGCUGAUGAUGAAGCAGAUUUUGAAAAUGAAGAAGAACCCAUUGAAGAAACAAAUUAAAAGUUCUGUCUGUUCAGUUUUGUUUAUGUGAAUUAGACUUUGUUAUUGCUCAAAUGUUUAUAUCAAUAAACUAAUGAAAUAUGACUUUGUUAAUAAAAUUACAAUUAUUGUUUUAUUAUUAA